AUGCUGCAGGUCGUCCCCGAUCACCUCGAGCAAGUUGCGAUUUCGAUCGAGACAUUGCUUGACGUGAACGACCUAACGGUGGAAGAGGUGAUCGGAAGACUGCGUAACAUCGAGCAGCGGAAGAAAAAUAUCGUUUCAGCUGUCGACCAGGAGGGUCGUCUACUCCUCACUGAAGAGGAAUGGCUUGCAUGCCUAAAGCUCUGUGACGACACCGGCGAGAGCAAUGGGCCUUCCAGCCGCAAAGGCGGUAAGAAGCCAUGGAAAUCUCGCCGGCACAUGCGCGGGAAAGAGGAGGAUCAAAAGAAGGAGGAGCCGACUGAUGACGAGCCAAUCCAGUGCUCGUAUUGUGGGAAGAGAGAUCACCUGAGCAAGAAUUGCUGGAGCAAGCUCAGGAACAAGGAGACGCUCGAGAAGGCCCAUGUGGCUCAAUCCGAGGAGGACGAGCCGACCCUUUUCAUGGUGACUGCAUCAGUCCUACCUGACGUCAAACCCGAGGAAGAGCUCCCCAAAUCCACAGAGGUAAUCGACGACGGCAUAACUACUCCGGUGAGCGUCGAACCCGAGGAAGAGCUCCAAUUGUGCAUAACAAAGGCACCGGCUGGGGAGCCAAUUCAACUGAAGGAGGAGCGAGUGUUCGCUCAAAUCGGUGAAAGAGGCGAGCAGCAAGAGCACCGGCGAUGGGUCCUCGACACGGGGGCAACAAACCAUAUGACCAGGGCCAAGUUUGAGUUCUCCGAGCUUGACUCGGGGAUUCGCGGGACGGUGAAAUUCGGUGACGGCUCCGUCGUCGAGAUCGAAGGGCACGACACCAUCCUGUUCGUCGGCAAGGGAGGCAAACAUCACAAGCUGACCGACGUCUACUUCAUCUCGAGGCUCAAGGCUAAUAUUGUGAGCUUGGGUCAACUCAAUAAGGCCGGCUGCCACAUUUCCAUCAAGCGCGGGCUACUUAGGAUCCGCGAUGAUCGACGACGGUUGCUCACGCAAGUUCGGUGCACGGCAAACUGCCUUUACAUCCUAGAGUUGGAGAUAGAGCAACCAGUCAACCUCUCGGCCAGGUACCGGAGGAUGGAAGACCUAUUAGGAAGAGGUGAACCACCUGGACUGGCGGCGCGCCAACUCGAAGAAGAGGUGGCCGAACAUGAUGGUCUGGAGGACAUGCCGCCAGGGACACCGAGCCAUAGGGCUCAAAUCGGAGUACAAACAAAAUAAGGUAGAUAUACCACAGGUUUUAGGAGG